UCUCAGAAAUAACCAUAGGCCAACCUCCUCCAGUGUCAACAUGUUGUUUGACAGGUGUUUGUUUUGUGUGUAUGUGCGUGUGUGUGUGUUAAAAUGAAAACAAAUAAGUAAAUAAAAAACACAAGGAAAAAAUUAAGACAAUUAACAAAAUAAAUGUGAUGGACUAUGUGUGAUAAUAUUUAGUUAAGGGCAGACUAUUGUGUUGAAUUCAAAUAUUCAGUGUAUGUAUAUGUGAGUAAGUGUGAGCGUAGCGGAAUCGGGAGGACGGUUUUGAAAAUGGAGAGAUCAGGAGGGAGAAUAAAGUCGGGAGAGAAAUGAUGAGGUAACAGAGAGUCGCUCUCAGACCCUGGGGAGGAAGCUGGCUGUCCAGGGAUGUGCUCCAUUGCCUUCUCUCCUUUUCACAGCCCCCAAACCCAAAGGGAAUGAGAGUUCAAGGGGGAGAAGAUGUGGCCAUCCAGAUCAUUAUUGGGGCUUUGAUUCUUUGUCUGAGUGCCUCUGUGCUCCAGAUCCAUGAGGUCCACUUCACAGGGGAUGUGGCCCUCUUCCUGAUCGUUGUCAUUCAGGUGACCCUGUCUGGUUCUGUGUUGGUCCACAGUGGAAGGAGACCUACUCUGUUCUGGGUGAAAUGCAUGCUAGUGCUGCAUCUCAUCAGUGCUGCAUUUGCCACUGCUGCCCUGGGUCUGAUGUCCAAACACCUUCCCUACCGCCAAGACUCUUACCACUGUGAACACUGCCACAGAUUGGAGCUACAUGCCGUGCAACAUUGUUUCAGGAAAUGCACCGGGCUGAUCGAGCAAAAGUGUAAACUGUUGAUUGACGGGAUCCUGGGGACACUGGUGGUCUUCCUGGUGCUGGAACUGUUGAUCUGUAUCACUGCCAUGCUGUUCGGACUCAGUGUCCUUGCUGCUGGUGGAACUCAGGCCCCCAGCCAGAGACCUGUCUAUCCGCAGACUCGCCCCCCACCUGUUCCAGCUGUGCAGCCUGCUCCAGCUGCAGCUGAACCAUCUCAGGUGUCUGUAGUUGUGACUGAACCAGAUUCAGAGCAACUGGAGGACAUCUCCACUCCACCCACUGAACCCCAGGUGGAGCCGAUAGAGUCUGUGAAGACAGAACCCUGAAUUCAGCACACACUACUCCAUGUGGUUUCAUGUCAUGUCAGACAGUGAAAAUAUGAAUGUCAACUUGGAAAAACUAUUCCUUUCAGCCCCCUGGUGAUCAUUAUAUUUGGGAUUCAGUGAUCUCUCACGGAUCAGCUCCGGUGACAAAAUGACGAGAAUCAUUGUCUUCUGGCAUAACAUGAACACAGCAUCAGUGUGAGCACAGCUGGACAUGCAAUAUAGUAUAUUGUGGCCAUAGAAUGAAUCAGUGUUAUUAGUAAUGUUAAUUUAUUCUACAAACACUAAGCCCACUCACAUAUGUAUAAUAAGUGAAAUAAAAUUAGCAGAGAAAGGCAGAUACUUACAGCAAGGAAAAGGAAAUAUUGUGUGUUGGACAGGUUCACUUUACUAAUAGUGUGUGCACAUUUUGUGGUUAUUAGAAUGAAGACAAAUUACAAAUAUAAUCUGUCUUCAUUCUAAUAAACACAAAAUGUGUACACACUAUUGUUGUUGUUGUUAUUGCUGUUGUUGUUGUUCAUUUAUAAAAGUUACUUUUGGUUGUGUUUACAAAUGUUAAGCUAUUCUAAACUAGUCUUAAUACCACUUCACAAUUAACUGAUAAAAGAAUCACACCAGCAGAGCCUCUGUCUAUUGUUAGUUCUCAUGUUUUAGACCUGUUAUCUUGAGAUUCAUACCUAAAGGGGUGCUCCAGUGAUCAAGUUUUUCUGUGAAGCUGGGAGGCUUAAAAGAAGCAAAUGAAAAGAGAAUAUUCAGUCUCAUAGUAGCAGAUGCAGAGCUUUUUUCUGGAGACAGUAAUAUAAUUAUUUUAUGCUGUGAUCAAAACUAUAAUUUCACAAGAUAAAUAAUAGAUAAAUAAUAAUCUGAUUUGAAUAUAUUACCAAACAAACACUGAAGCCAUAUGUGAAGCCACUGGAGUCAAAUCUGAGCUGAAAUUUUAAUUAUAACUAAAUUUAUCAUGAGCCUGCUCACCAUCAACCCCUUCCCCAUCGUUUAAUAAUUGCUUAAUUACUUCACAAAGAUGUUAGGGAACCUUACAAGCAAAGAAGCAGGCCUGUAGCCACUGGGAACUUUUAGAUAGAAUUGAUUCUGCAAUAUAUAGAUGUUGUACUUUCCCAGGGUUGUAAACAAAACACUUGUUACUCAUAAAAUUGGAGUAGUUGUGACUCACAAUGCCAGUAUUCCUAAAAUCAUCUGAGAUGUGUGUCACACAGUUUACCUGCACUGGAUUGUUUGUAUUUGUGGAAACCACAGGAUGGCAUGAUUAACUAUAAAUGAAUGUAUGAACAUUUUAAUCAAUGAAAAUAAAGUAAAUGGUAAAUGUAUGAA